CACUCGCUCCGCUACCAUGGACGAGCUCACGACGGAAUUGGAACCACGUAGCAGCUUCUACGACGUUUUGUCCUUCGACGCGGUUGGCGCGGAUGCAAACCGCGUCGAAGCAGGAAGUGGAAUCAGAGGCCGUGGGGAAGACCGAAUGCUCCGAGAAUCGGACAGAGUUCGAAUGUGCGCAGCAGAGAAGCGAACGAAGGGACAUGCGGAAGUCGAUGGCGGUUCGAGACGACAUGGUACGACGGUGAGCUGCUUGCGAACCGGCUGGUCGGUGCUGUGAGGCUUUGCAAGAAGCGAGCAUGGCGGGAAUGAAGGCUGAUGUUGUGGAUGGCGCCGAAGUCCCGCCAUCGCAGGCUGUCCCGUUGGUCGGAGUGCCGGUUUUUCCCAAUUGCAUCAAAUUCUCAGAAACCAAUCUCUUGGCAGUCGCGGCCGGCCAUCUCGUGACUAUUCUCAAUCCAGCAGCAUUGGCUGGUCCCCGGGGUUUCAUUCCUAUCACAUCGAGUCCUUUGUUUGACAUAGGAAAGACCCCAUCAGAAUGUUUACAAGCAGGAUCACUACUUCCGUACCUUUUGUUCCGGGAUCCACGUCCGGGGGUACGAGCAAUGGAUUGGUCUCCCUCCGGGUUGGCUCAAAAUGGAGGGUGCCUUUUAGCUCUUUGCACGACAGAUAACCGAGUGAAGAUUUAUCGUGAACCCUUCUCCGACUUCCAGUCCGAUUGGGUGGAGAUUAUUGACUUCUCAGAAAUGGCUUAUAGGCACUGCCUGGACGAAAAUUUCAGGGAAUGUGAGCUACUCUCCGCGCAGAUUGCCUUGAAAGAUCAUUCAAUGCCUACUCCUUCAGAUUGGGGCUUGUCGUUAAAACGGAAACAUGUGGAUGAAGAUGCUGGAGUAGAAGAACCGCAACAUCGAAAAGUGCAGAACAGAAAUUAUGGCUUGAGGCACAAAGCUGUGGGAAGAAUGGACCUGAUGGUGAGUUCGAGUGAACCUCAAGUAGUUCCAUUUGACGAUUGUGCCCAACAGGGUAUAACAGAUCAACCCUUAUCCAAGACAUUAUUGGGGAAAUCAAAUGCUACAGACACAGUCUCGUCAGAUGAAAGACCUUGGCUUUCGACACAACUGUCAGCAGUAAUGAAUGCUCCAACAUCGACCACCAGAACUCGAAGAGAAGGCACACGCUUGAAGGUGCUGGAAGAGAAUGCAGGCGUAUGUCCACCUGUAAGCUGCUCUGAUUUAGACGUUUCAAACGGGGAACUUUUACUCACGCUUGAUGAGCCUCUUGCAGUGGAAAGCUUUUGUGCAGAAGCGAUCCCCAACAUCCAUGAGCUUGAGUACAGUUUUACCACGUCAAACUUGCGAGAUAGAGACCAAGAAUGUAUUCAUGAAGCUGGAGAUCUUGCAGUCAGCGUCCAGGCGGACGAUGAUCUCAGUGAACCUUUGAUUUCCGUUCUGACCAGAACCGAUAAUCACAGAAAGGUUUAUGGAAGGAGACAAGCACCUGGUGGCAAUAACCUCUAUAGUAAUAGCAGUUACUCGCCUUCCAACGCUCCAGACGCAGAUACUUGCCCUGUGGAGAACACCUCAACACGACCUGCAAGGAUGAGAAAACUUCCUAAUAGAUUUAGGGAAGGAGGCGAGUCACCAUGGACAGGGAAAUUUUUUCCUAGGAACAAAACUCAGGCCAAAAGCAGAGGUUUAGAUAAGGAAAAGAGGGCAACCUUUGAGACGGAGAAGAGCGUUGUUGUCUGUGUGGAUGAGGAAACAGGAAAGCAAGAUGUCGGAGAUGAAGGGUCAGAAGACGCCUCGAAAUAUGUUGCAGAUUCCAGUGAAGAAAAGUCGGAGGCUCCGAAAAAGAAUUCUGGGUCCAAGUCGGAGAAAAGUUUCAAUACAGAACCUGACGACAAGAUAAAGAUUGCAGCUGACUAUGUUGCGCGCUCUGAAUUACUGUCGCCCCUUGCACUAGCUUGGUCUCCUAAGUGUCAGGCAACAAAAAGGGUGGAUGAUGCCGAAGUGAACAAAACUCAUACUUUCACCCUUCUUGGAGCUGGAAUGAAAUCCGGCGCCGUUAGUAUCUGGCGCAUGAUGAACCCUCCCUGCUACUCAGUUGAUCAGACACACAGUCCUGUUGAAGCUAGCUUUUUGGGAUUCUUAGAAGCUCAUAAGUCUUGGGUGACAAGUCUAUGCUGGGCAAGCUGCAACUUUGACGUGUUGAAAGUCAGUAUGUUGUCUUCAAACCAAUUUGGUGCCGUACUCGGAGGGAAACUGCUGCUAGUAACGGGUUGUGCGGAUGGAAGCGUCAAAAUUUGGGCUGCACAUCCAGACUCGCUUGUCAGUGCCUCUUCCAAGCAAUCUCCACCAUUUGCGUUCUGCAAACAAGUUUGGAAAGCGGAUUCCGUUCCUGUGACGUCAUUAGCAAUAGUUGUUCUUUCUCAAGCCAGUGAGAGGGCACUUCUAGCAGUAGGAAAAGGUUCAGGGAGUUUGGCUAUAUACGAGAUCAUGUCAUCUGGUGUAUGUCAUCAACUAUGCCAUCACGAUGGUGCGCAUCAGCAAACGGUGACAGGAUUGUCGUGGAAGUUUGAUGGUCGCUGUCUCUACACCUGUGGUCAGGAUUCUUUAAAAAUAUGGGAGCUUUGGAAAGCGGAACUGAGACCAGUAAGCUUCCCCGAUUGGAGUGCUGUUUUCCCGAUCUCAAUUAGCCCGGAUCUUUGCAGCUCGGACGCGAUGCAGUCUUUUUUCGGUGUGGCACUGUCUCACAACUGUCUAGCGUUAGCCACUGUGCGGGACCUUGAUAGUGACGUAUUAGAUCAAAUGUACCAAGCCAGAUCUCAAAAGGCGGUUUUACAAAUGUUCUGGUUGGGCAGCACGCCUACUGAAACGAAGAGGAAUAUCGGAUCUGUCGAAGGAAAAGGCAUGACUCCUUCUGACAUUGCUCGCUGGAGAGUCAGCGUUGUAUCUGCUCUACAGCAUCUGGAGGACCCCAAAGCACCCCUAGUACUGUGGGACGUGAUGACUGCCUUGUCCCUACUAAGACAAGCUGUAGGUCGCGAAGUAGUCGUAGGAACUUUAUCUCAGUGGCUAAUCAGCUGGACUCAAGGCGAAGAUGCAGUAAGCGCCGUGGAAAUACCUGAAAACCAGGCAAGAAAUUUUGAGAGGGCUGUGUCUGAAGCGAGCUGCCGACAACUUCACAUCUUAAAUGUCAUCUAUCGACGCAUUCUGCUCGUUCACUUAAAACCUGAAGUCAUUAAUACAAGUACCUCAAAAUAUAUUCCUCCUACCCAAAUAGCGAGCACCGUCACCAAAGAAGAAAAGUUAUGGAGAAAGUGUGUAUACCUAGUCGAGCACGAACUUAGGCAACGGCUUAUUUACUUGAGGCUGUGCAAAGCUGUACACGAAGAGGAAGAGUUAAAACGAGUAGGAAAAGGCAUAUUGUCCGAUACACUAUUGGCUGUCAACUGGGUUCUUGAAAAUUCGUCAUCGGUGUUGCCAGAGUUGUCGAAAGUAGCCACUCAGCUACGAAGAUCUCAUCGUAACCUAUGUCAGACUAUAUCAGAUUCGUGCCCUUAUUGCGACUCAUCUGUGGCUUUUGAGUCCCCUGAAAUUGCGAGCUGCCAAGGAGAUAAGAAGCAUCAUUUUCGGCGUUGUUGUGUAUCAAUGCAAGUUUGUGCUCAAACAAGCCAGUGGUACUGCAGGUGUUGUGAGCGAAGGGCAAUUCAACAGGCCCCAUCCUUGUUCUUUGAUCUUUCAUUGAGGUCUCAAUUACGAGAAAUCACAUCAAAUGAUAUGCGUCAGAGUGACACGUCCCCUUGUUGCCCUUUCUGCGGUGUGUUAAUGCACCGAUUGCUUCCAAACUUCCUCUUAACCCCUUCAUUAGUAUAGCAAGCUGCAAAUUUCAUUCCAGGUAUCAUCAUUCUUGAAAUCGUGUCCUUGCAAUAGACGAGGGCACUCGGCAUGUGGGUGCGAGUUUGAACCUCUAACCCUUGGAGAGAAUCAGAGAUGUCCAGCAGCCCUUUGAAAGUGUUGCUGUGACUUCAUCUUCACUGAAACCAUGUUAGUACAUUCAAAUCAGGCAUUGGAGUCUACCUGUAUCGAUGUAAGUCAAGUUAAGCGUUCGAAAGAGGUGGAAGCUUAGGUGUAAGAUGGUGUGGUCCAUUAUGUCACAUAGAUUCUUCAGUAGCGAUGUUGGAAUGCACCCUUUAGAGUCAUCUUUUACUUUAAAACAACUAUCGUCUAUACCUUGGCUUGUUAGGUUCUGAAUUCUCAGCCCCCACGGUUCAGAAACCUACUCUCCUCAAAAUCCAGUGAUGAAGGAGCCAAGUGUUCUUUAGGACUUUGAAACUUCACGCUAAAAUAUUGUUGAUGGUCACUGGAGGGCUUUCUUGCUUCGUACCGGUUCCUCCAUACUGCACACUUGGUCAGCCCUCCACUGUCAGUACGACAGCUGGUCUGAUC